ACCAGCUCUCCUCCCCCUUGUUUCCUCUGUUCCCUCCGUUCUUCUUCCUGAAUGCUUCGCUUCUCUCUGCAGCUUCAACACCUUAAAACAUGUCUACCAAGGUUGCAGUGGUAACGGGCAGUAACAAGGGCAUCGGCCUGGCCAUCGUCCGAGCGCUCUGCAAGGAGUACCAAGGAGACGUCUACAUCACCGCCAGAGACGUCGGCCGUGGUCAGGAAGCAGUGGAGUCUAUGGCCUCCGAAGGGCUGAAGCCAAAGUUUCACCAGCUGGACAUCAACGACCUGAAGAGCAUCAACACAGCUGCUGCUUACUUUAAAGAUAAGUACGGAGGGGUGGACGUCCUCAUCAACAAUGCUGGGAUCGCAUUCAAAGGGGCGGACACAACUCCAUUUCCAGUCCAGGCCGAGGUGACCCUGAAGACGAACUACUUCGCCACCAGAGACAUGUUGACUCACUUCCUGCCGCUCAUCAAAGCUGGAGGUCGCGUGGUGAACGUCUCCAGCUUCGUCGGUGCCCUCACAUUGAACAAGUGCAACGCGGCCCUCCAGCAGCGCUUCCGCAGCGAGGACAUCUCAGAGGAGGAGCUGACUGGACUGAUGGAGCAGUUUGUCGACCAGGCCAAGAAGGGCGAGCACCAGAAGGGCGGCUGGCCUGGUACGGCGUACGGGACGUCCAAGACUGGACUAACGGUCCUGUCCAUGAUCCAUGCUCGCCGUCUGUCCAAGGAGAGACCGGAUGACGGGAUCUUGGUGAACGCCUGCUGUCCAGGUUGGGUGCGCACCGACAUGGCCGGUUCGAAAGCCCCCAAGUCCCCAGACGAGGGCGCCAUCACUCCGGUCUACCUGGCACUGCUGCCGCCCGGAGCCACAGAGCCUCACGGGAAGUUCGUCUCCGAUAAAGAAGUCCAGACGUGGUGAAAGAGCUGAAAAGAGGCCAGCGUGUCAGUGUCUCCACUUCAGCACUAAAUUACCAAAAAAAGAAACAUCUAACGUUUCAAAAAUCAGACACAAGCAAGGCAGCACUGAUAUGUGAUGUUGUCUCUGUGUAUUGUUUGUGUGUGUGUGUCUGCAGGGUUAUAUGUAACAACACGCAGUCAUUACAUGCUGUUGUUAAAACUCUAUUUCAUCACUUUGCCUUCACUAGCAUUAUCAUAAUAUUUGUUUUACAUGAAAAGGGAAACCUUGCCUUAACAGGAUGAAGCUUAAAUGUUGGGAGAUCUAAGAAAAUGAAAUGCUUUUCUGUCAAAACUAAACGCCUUUUCGACAAUGCGAUGCUUUUGCUUCAAAGAUUGCUUUCAGUAAAGAAAUAAAAGGGAUUCAAAAUACUAAAAAAACUUGUCAAAAUGUUAAUUAACGAUGCACCGAUGUUACCUCUAAGUAUGCGUCGCAAAUUUAUUGUAAUUUUGUCAACUAUAAAAUCAUGAUGCACAUAUUUAAAACAAAAAUCACAUACUGUGUGUUCAAACAGCAAAGUGGAGCUUAAACUAUAAACUACAGUAAGAUGUGAUGUCUGGUUAAAUGUCUGAAAACAGACUUCUGGGAGGAAAAUAUGUGACUUUUUAAAAAGACAUAAGAGAAGUUGGGUUAAUAUUAAAGUUAGAAGUAAAAAUGUGGCGCAAACAUUCAAAAAUGUUUUCCGUUGGUACCUUGUUGUAUUCUUUAUCACUGUAAUGUGAAGAAUGUUGUCUGAGUAGUGACAUGUGACACCUAGUGGCGAAGAUGGGUAUUUCAUAAGAAAAUAGAUUUUGUGUCACUCACACUUUCAUCUUGAAAGAGAAAAAGCACCAAACGUGCGGUUAAAUGAAAUGUAGGUCGCCUUUGAUUUGCAGUUUAAGGUAUCGAGCACCUACAGUAGUAAUUCCUAUUUCUAGACACAUUUAUGGAGAGCUUUAACAACAGCCAACAAAACAUGACAGCCUCCCUAGAGAAAUAUUAACAGAGCUGACAUAUGACACAAAUAUGGCUUUAUUUACGGGCAACGUGUGUUUGUGUGGUUUAGUGAGUGUGAUAUAGCUGCACACACACACACACGCUUAUCCCAGGUUUCAUCUGUGGUCACCAUCUUGUUUUUUUUUCCAUCCAUUCCUCCGUCACAAUCGCACAUAAUGUAUUUCAGGGUUUUAUCUGCUGGUUAAUAUUUAAAACUUUCCACUGCAUUAGUUCUCACAGACCUCUGUUGUAUUUUUAUUUCAACCUAUGAUUUUAGGAAUAGGCUACAGAGAUCAUGAGGUCAAAUUCUUAUAUCAAAACCUGUGAAAUGUUCAGAGUAUUUCAAAAAUAAUCACGAAAUCACGAUUAUAUUUAGUAAUUUAACUAUUAAAUCUUUUGUUUUGUUAAUACAUAUGACUUAUUCACAUUAUGGUCUAAAUGUUGUUUCAACGCCCCUUUCAUUCAAAUUGAAUUAUUUUGUAAAUUUUGUAUUAAAUUCAAAUAAAGUAAAUAAAUAAAGUAAUUUCGCUAAAAUACGGCAAUUUUAAUAUUUUGUUUACCUGAUACUAUCUAACCUGUUUAAUAUGUGUGUGACAUUAGAAGGUAAACUUCUGCAGCCCUCCAAAUUCCUUUAUUGAAUUUUAAUAAUAUAUAAAUAUUGCAUGGACACAACCUUGGUGACCUCAACUGCAGCAACAUAACUGUUUCCUUUAUUGUCAUUUCUUUGCAAACUCAAAUUAUUAAAUGAGGAGAAACAAAAGAUCACUCUGACCAAAUUUCACUGCAGCCAUAUGUGACUUUUACCCCCCCCACCGAGGUGUUUUGUAUCGUUAUCCAUCUCCAAAAUGUGUUUUCAUAUGCAUGUGCACCUGGAUUUUCAUAUCUUUCUCCAUUACCUGAAUGAAAUCCAGAAGCCCAGAGCACAUCUCAUUCAGGUGGUUUCAUAUUGUACGAAAAUGUAAAUCCAGAUUGUUGCGCUUUAUCUCUCAUGCUUCCUCUCUCGGCCCAGGUUUUAAGUCUCUGUGUCAAUACGACAGCAGCCUGUGUGAGUCUGCGUGCUGUUGAUAUAAUGCUGUGUGCGACUGUGGGAGUUGUAGUCCUGUCAGACGAGAGUAAAAACCCUGAUUACCUCGUAGAUAAAAACUAAUCCACAGAGCGAGAGAGACAGAGAUGAUAAUCCACUAAUCCCUGCUCUCUGCCAAGGGAAACCCCAUCUCACACACACACGCUUCGAUAAUCACAGUGACCACGAUCAUCACUGCUUGUAAUUGCUGCAUGAGCAUGAGAAUUACUUCAUUGAUCCUGCAGUGAGGGAAUUCCCUCAGACCUGAUACAAUACACACACGCACAGUGAUCAAUACCACAUGCAUAAGAAGGUCUGUUUUUCUGACCCAUAAUUCAACAGACGCAGCGAAUAGAUAUUUGACUUCAUAAAUGUUUUGUGUGAUGUUGAAUUGAUUUAGAUUUGUCCGUUUUUAGGAUGAAUACAACAGUGGUUCGAUGGGCAUCAUGGGUAUUGUAUUCAAAUGAGCAUGUAAAGGCUAUAAAGUUGCAGCACAUAUAUGAGACUAUCUGAAACUUAUAUUUCCUUCUAUGCACCCUUACUGUAUUAAAACAAUAAUAAUAAUAAUAUAAUUAUGCAUGGACGCAUUUAACAUACAAUCAACUGAAAUUCACCCAGUUUUACUUUCUUUUUGUGUACUUUUUAGAUUUACGUAUACGUGUUAUGUUUUUACAGCUUUUUUAGGAUUCAAGGUUUUUAGUUAGUUGUUUUGACCAGACCGCCUCUCAGGGGUUGUUUGCAUGAAACUCUACUUCUUUUUGUAUGUAAAUGAAUUUAACACAUUUUUUUGUCAAGCUUCUGCAAAUAAAACUAUUCACUUUGCAUUACACUCCUCUUGUCCCAGCUGGGAUCUGAUCCAAUAAUUCA